AUGAAGCUGCAACAAGUCGCGUUUCGAGUAAAGAAGCCCGUGAAUGCGGGACUCGUACCGGUCAUAUGCUCCCGGGAAAAAGCUCACGGUCAAGCAGUUGCGGGGAUUAUAUCGUGUGAUUUGAACGGCCAGCUGCGGGAGGUGUGA